GUGACCCUUGGGAACGCCCAAUCAGACGUUUCAUAAAGCGAUAAGAAAGACGUUCUUCGACUGCUUCUUUGCAAGGCAAAAUUGAAAGUAGAUGUGUUGCUGUGAAAUAAAGAAUAAUUAAACAUGCAUCUUAUAAACUGCGUCUUUCUGCUGCACCUGAUGCUCGGGAGUGUGACGGGAGAGUGUGGCGGGUCGCCCAACUGCACUGAUCACAAGGUCGUCUACGAUAAGAACAUCGCCGAAAUCCCCGCCACCCAGAAAGCUGGCACCACCCAGGUUUAUUUCGUGGGCAGCCGGAUUUCCACCAUCCCCGACCGAGCCUUCAUCAACAAUCCGCAGCUGGAGACUCUGGUAUUCCUCAGCAUGCCCAUCGUGUCCGUUGAAACGCAUGCCUUCCAAGGUUUGGACAGGCUGAAGUUAAUCGAAAUUUCCACUACAAAUCUGACGUCGUUGCCCCUGGGCGUGUUUCAGAACCUGCCGAGCCUCGAGAAGUUGGUUCUCAAAUCUAACAGAAUCCAGAAGCUUGAGAAGGGACUGUUUGAUGGCCUGAUGCUGAAAGAGCUCCAUCUUCACAUCAAUGAAAUCGCCUCGAUCGACGAGGGAAUUUUCGAUCAGCUUGAAAACCUCACAUUGCUCCACCUGGCCAAGAAUAAAAUCUCCUCCGUCUCCACGGCACUGUUCGCAAAACUCAGUAAAUUGCAGAGACUCAGACUCUACGAGAAUGGCAUCAGUGCCAUUCCUCCUGGGAUCUUCGAUGAUCUACCGGAUCUAAAAGAAAUCACCUUACAGGGCAACAAGAUAACAGAGAUACCACCGCAUUUAUUUUCAAAAAAUACCAAUUUGGAAACAUUAUAUUUAGAGAAUAAUCUUUUGUCUGAAUUGCCUUCUGAAAUUUUUGUGGGACUUCCUAACAUAAGAUUUUUGACGCUUCAGCAGAAUCAAAUAGCCAGCCUGCCUCCCGUGCUCUUUGGCGAAAUGCUUAGACUGUAUGAACUGAAUCUCAAUGGGAACAAUCUCACUGUCCUUCCUGCGGGAGUAUUCAGUCCCAUAAAAAAACUCAGGAAGCUUGACUUAUCGCAAAACAAGUUUACCACUUUGUCCGAGGAGUAUUUUGAAGGCCUUGGGAGACUUAAAGACUUGAAUCUAGAGAAAAACAUGAUUGAGUCAUUAAAACCGAAAUACUUUGAACAACUGACAGAGCUGAAAACUCUCCGACUGGCGCAUAACAAACUGAGAACUCUUCCUGAAGGGAUAUUUGACUCUUUACCGAAACUUAGCAAGGUAUAUCUGAACAACAACACCUGGCACUGUGACUGCAGGCUGAUAUCGUUCUUUAAGUGGAUGAAAGCGAACACAAAAAAGAUCAAGUCCUCCUCGCCAGAGACUUGUGAAUCUCCUGAAAGUCUAAAAGGACAAGAAGUCAUGUCUCUCAAAGAAGAUGAGCUGAUAUGCCCAACCACUCCUGCAAUCGCCACUACUGUGCCUCUCACCACAACAACCAGCACUACUGUUGCCAUGACAACAGAAUUACCUACAACAACCGUCCACAUGACCACACUCCCCACCACCCAACCAACAACCGCCUUGCACACCACCACUACUCCGUCAACCCAGACACCUACCACCAAAAGAAUAACCACAGAGCCCACAACUGCACCAACCACUACGUUGACAACCACAGUAGCUAUGACAACUGCUCCCACCACUAUGUUGACAACCACAGAGGCAACCACAGUAGCUAUGACAACUGCGCCCACCACAAUGUUGACAACCACAGUAGCUAUGACAACUGUGCCCACCACUAUGUCCACAACCACAGUGCCCACCACAGUAGCUAUGACAACUGCACCCACAACUAUGUUGACAACCACAGUGCCAACCACAGUAGCUAUGACAACUGCGCCCACCACAAUGUUGACAACCACAGUGCCAACCACAGUAGCUAUGACAACUGGCCCCACAUCCCAACCACAUGCCCACCACAGUAGCUAUGACCACUGCACCUACCACUAUGUUGACAACCACAGUGCCCACCACAGUAGCCAUGACAACUGUGCCUACAACCACCGCCUUGGCAACUACUCCGACAACCACAGCCUUGAUCACAACCCUUGCCCCAACGACUACAGCUUCCACCUCUGCUCUCUUAACAACAGCCACUACCACCGUGAGCACAGCCCUCACGACAACCGCUCCCCCUACCACAGCACUCCUGACAACAUCCACACCGGCCACCAGCACACAGAGAACUACAUUUCCCACGACGCCGAUGGAGUUCUCUUGCCCCGUGACUUCCUCCUCCGCUCGUCGUUCCGCCUACAGUUCUGA